CGGCCCCGCGCUGCCGACGCCGGGCCCGGGGCGGGCCGGGGGCCGCCGCUUGCGCCGGCCGAGCCGAGCGGAGCCGAGCCCAGCCCGGCCCCACGGUGGCGGCGCGUCACCGGAGAGCGGCCCCGAGCAGCAUUUGAAAAGAAAGUACAAAGGAAGAAUUUCCCUCUAUUGGCUUAUCUUCACUGUGCCUCUCUCCCAAUCUGCUUCCUCCCUAUAAUCACCAAGUGAAGAUGAGUAGCCUGCUGUGAAUAUGACGUCUCUGACUAGCGUCAUUGCCUCCAACCAGUCUGAGUGGGUGUCCUUCGCAGAUGAGCUGCUCCUUCCGGUUAAGCCACGAGGUAGCACUGAGGAGCCUCUGGAAAAAUGUUUUUCUUCUUCAGACACCUCCUCAGAAGAGAGCCAUAAUGUGGAUGGAGAAUUUCAGGACCUCUCCCACACAGGAGGUGAUGCAGGUGACAAGCUCAAGGAGGAUUCUACCGUGCUUGGGAACCAUGUGUGUCCCAGAGCUGAUCUGUCAUCAUCUAUCAGAGCUUGGGUUCAGUUUGAAGAUGCACCAUGGACCAGUGCUUCAACCACUCAUCCACAAGCAGUGUCUCCAUCAAAAGCACCCAGCUGGACCUCCCCCUCCUCCAAUUCGUCUGAGAGGCAUGCCCAUGCAUCGGAGAGCAGCUGGACAACCAACUCAGAGGAUACCAGCAGCCCCAGCAUUGCUCCAUCCUACACAGAUCUGCAGUCAGUUAAUACUGAGGACUUGACUAGUGGUGGAACAUCUGCAGCAGAUUCAGCUGAUAAUUCCUCAUCUCUCCAGGAAGAUGAAGAGGUAGAUAUGGAGGCUGUCAACUGGCAGCUGAACAACACCUCCAUGAAUGGGCAUUCUGCUACCCCAACCACAGUUCGUUUUCCCAGCUGGGUGACUUUUGAUGACAAUGAAGUUAGUGGUUCUCCGCAGAAUCUUUCUCCCUUGAAAAUAGACACUUCACCUGCAGAAACACAGACUCCAGAUGUUAACUUUAACCUCACUGCAUCCUUUAAGAAAAGAGAACGUCCUAAAAGCACAUUGGCUGACCUCUCCAAAAUUCAAAAACUUGAUCUCUCCUCCUUAACCAAGUUGCCUUCUGUUGAAACACCACCUUGGAGUGCUACUAAUCCCUUCCUGGAUGAAUCUCUUCGGGAUGUCCAGCCCUCACCUAUCAAUCCAUUCAGCUCAUUCUUUGAGGAGCGAGACAGGCGUUCAAAAAGCUCUUCUGUCUCCAGUGCUCCAGGCAAAAGCCAAAGAGACUCUCUCAUUAUUCUCCAUCAGGAACCCGAUACCAUCAGCUUCCAAGAGGCAAACAAAAGCGUAACACACACGGAUGCUGUAGAACAGCUGAAACAACUACAGAUUGGAGAUCCAGAUCGUGUGAGCAGCCCUACCUUGCCUGAUGAUGACCCCAUGAUGCCCUAUGAUCUGGAUGCCACCUUAUUUAACCUGGCACCAUCUCAGCCAAAGGAUGGAUGGCCAAUGAUGCUCAGGAUCCCAGAGAAGAAGAAUAUUAUGUCAUCCAGGCACUGGGGACCAAUAUACGUCAAGCUGACUGACAGUGGAUAUCUACAGCUUUUCUAUGAGAAAGGACUGGAGAAACCUUUCCGGGAAUUCAAACUGGAAAUUAAUCAUGAGAUUUCAGAGCGCAAACUCCAAAACUAUGAUGAGAAUGGAAGGAUACACAGCGUGCGGUUGGACCGCACAACCUACAAGGAGAAAAAGAAGUAUCAGCCUAAACCAGCCAUUGCUCACACAGCAGAGAGAGAGCAAAUCAUCAAGCUUGGGACUACAGAUUAUGAAGACUUCCUUAGCUUCAUCAGUGCUGUGCAGGACACACUGAUGAACUUGCCAGCCUCAUCAACAGAUCUGAGCACAGUGGGACUAAACUAUCAAGAGGAAGAAAUCACUGUUGAUGUCAGGGAUGAGUUUCAUGGCAUCUUGGCCAAAGGAGACAGUGUGAUUCUCCAGCACAGUGUGCUGACCCAUAUCUAUGUUCUCAGCUUCCUCUCUGGCCUAGCAGAAUGCAGACUGGGCCUUAACGAUAUCCUAGUCAAAGGGAAUGAAAUAGUUGCAAGGCAGGAUAUUAUGCCCACUACUACCACUAAGUGGAUUAAGUUAUACAGCUGUCGGUUCCAUUCAUGUGUGGAUGAGGAUGUCUUUAAUAACUCCCGUAUUAUCCUGUUCAACCCCUUGGAUGCCUGCCGGUUUGAACUGAUGCGAUUCAGAACUGUCUUUGCUGAGAAAACUUUGCCUUUUACUCUGAGAACAGCAGCCAGCAUCAACGGUGCUGAGGUGGAGGUACAGAGCUGGCUGAUGAUGUCCACUGGGUUCUCUUCCAACCGUGAUCCUUUAACUCAGGUCCCUUGUGAAAAUGUGAUGAUCCGCUACCCCGUGCCCAGUGAGUGGGUGAAGAACUUCCGUAGGGAGAGUGUCCUGGGGGAGAAAUCUUUGAAAGCCAAGGUGAACAAGGGGGCCAGUUUUGGAUCAACUAGCCUGUCUGGUUCUGAACCAGUCAUGAGAGUUACUUUGGGAACUGCCAAAUACGAGCAUGCCUUUAACUCCAUUGUAUGGAGGAUAAACCGACUGCCUGACAAAAACUCAGCUUCUGGCCAUCCUCACUGCUUCUUCUGUCACCUAGAGCUUGGCUCUGACCGGGAAGUGCCUUCCAGUUUUAUCCGCUAUGUAGACGUGGAAUUCGACAUGCCCACCACUUCUGCGUCCAAAGCCACAGUUCGGUCCAUCUCUGUUGAGGACAAGACUGAUGUGAGAAAGUGGGUCAACUAUUCAGCACACUACAGUUACAAGGUAGAAAUAGAACAGAAAAAAAGCCUGAAUGAGGAUUUGAAGGGAGAAGAUACUGCAAAUCUCAAUGAAUGUGCCACACAAUGAAGGAAGAUCAGUUUUCAAGUCCCAGGAGGGGCAGUCAAACUAACAGACUCAGCAGAAAGGACUUGCGGGUUUUUUGUAUUUUUCUUUUAAAGGUAUGGAGUAUUGCUUUUAAAAUAAUGCUCUGAAGAGUAUUGUUUUUCCUCUUGAUGAUCUGUACUUUGAGAAGAAGCUCACCAGUGCUUUGUUUGGAGUGGACCCAUCGGCCACAUAUAUCACCAAUACUGUUGGUGUAUUGACAGGAGGAGUUAUUUUUCUUGUAUGCUGCUUGGCUCAGUCAUCAGCAGAUUCACUUCCUUCUGAACAGCCAAAAGAAAAAACAUGGAGCAUCAAGUGAAAAAUGAUACAAAAUCUCAUUUCUGAAGUGGUCAACAGAAUGAAAACCCUGAGCAUCAUUCUGGAGAAUCAACAAACUGUAUUUUACACAGUGUAAAUGUCAAGCGGACGAACUACAGACAGUACAGCUAAUUGUGUAGCUGUUCUUCUAUUCACCCUUUCCUGCCUUGUUCUCUGAACUACGCUGUUGUUGUGCACAAUUUUGUGGGGUCUGGACAAGCUACAAGAAAGCUUCUGCAAUUGCUUAAAAUUUUCAUGUGUUAGUCUGGGCUAUUCUGUUAUCUUGACUGAACAUGGUUACAGCUGCUAGUAACAGGGAAUGUGUGUUAUAGUAGAGAUGAUGCAGAAGGAACUUUGCUAAAAUUAGAUCAUUCCUGCCUAGAAAGAUUUAAGGGAAACACACUUUUGUUUUGUUUUGUUUUGUUUCCUUCUGUUUAGUUUUAUGUUUUCUUGAAAGGGUAAGGUGGAUGGUUAUUGAAAAUGUCAGAGUGCUAUUACUUUAACAAUGUUGUUUGCCUUCCCAGUACUCCUUGGAAGUCUGCCCUUGCUUGCAGCACAAUAUUGCUUUCAUGUUCUAUCUUUAACUGACAAUGUAAGUAAUUUUUGUGCAGCUAUCUUUACAAAAUCCCCAUUAACUGAGAUCCAAAAUCUUUUUUUUUUUUUUUAAUUGAGAUGUUUAGAUUUCCAACUAGCUGAAACAAGCAGCAAGUUUUAAACCUUCUUUCUAAAUAAAAAUGCAGAAGACAAAAAUCACUUAUUCAUAUAUAUUUUUUCACAUAAAAUUUUCAGAUAAAAGAGUGUUUGAAACACCUAUUUUUUGUAGUUGUUUCCAUGGCUUGCAUAAUAUUUUGUCUCAAGGUAGUUUAAAUGUGAAGAAAAAAAACUUAAUUUAUUAAAACAUUUAUCUUUUGAAAGAUUACUAGUGACUUUAAAGUCAUAAAUUUGGAAAGCCUUGGCAAAGUAAUUUAAAAUCAUAAUGAAUUAAAAAUCAUUUUUAAUAAAUUUAUAGGUUUAUUUUAUUUUACAUUUCAUACAAAAGAAAAUUAAUAUUCACCCCUGGUUUACUACUUUCACUGUGAUUCCUAUAAAAAUCACUGCAGUGUUAAAGUCCCAAAUAAAACAUGAGAUUAACUAUAUGAGUCUAUAACUGGUAAUGGUAGAAUUUAAAACAAAUUAUAAGGAAUUUCUAAAUGCCUUUUUGUAUGCACCUGAAGUUCAGGUCUAGAUCAACCUACUGAUAAAUAUUUACACAGCCAUGUUGCUGCACAACCUCUGGCAAAGGUACACUGCUCUAAAUACAUAAAGUCUCAGUCCUUCUAGGGCUUCUUCAUAAGCAUGUGAUCUUACUGAAGCCCAGAGAACUCCUCUGAGCACACCAUCUACUACUAUUUGCAAUGUCUUUCUAUAAAUUGAAAAAUGGUAUUAACUUUUUUGAAGCAUGUUGAGAUCCAUGGAUGAAAAUUAUUGAUAAAGUGCUAAGAAUUAUUUAUUAAAUAAUAAUGUAUACAGGUUGUGAAAUAUCUGACAGCACAGAGCUGAAUUCAUGACUGAUUCUCAGCUCUGCAGUCACUAUCUGUGAUGAGUUUCAUGGCAACUCCUCUCUACAAAAUUCACUCUACAUUUCAAAGGCAUCCAAAGAACUUCUGGGUAUAUUUCCUGUUUUUCACUGCUGCUCCUAGUGUACAGUUUCUGAAAAGGACUGGCAAGAAACCCAACAAGGCAAAACUGAAUGUGUUCUGAGAUGUUGCUGAGGAAGUGUGAGGUGUUUUGUGAAUGAACCAGUUACGAGAUUGCCAACUCUGAUCUGCAGACAGAGUAUAAGAUUUUUUGCCUUUUUUCCCUCAGACCCUGAAAACACAAAUAAUUAAUAGCAAAUAUGCAAAAUUAUGUUGAACUCCUUGGUGAAUGGAGGAAAAAAAAAUCAAAGGAAUAUCUUUUUCCAUCUCUGUUGAAUUCCAAACUAUUCAAUCUCUAUCAUACUCCAACCAUGGACUAUUUCAUGACCCAACAAUUGAAGGAUUAACAUACUGGACUUUUGUGGAUUUACUUAAUUUUUCUUCUUCAUCGCUGAUUCUUUGUUUUGUCAAUUCAAGGUUAGUGAAUGAAGGUAAGAGUACGGGCCUCACUCUAAUCUCUCUUACAUAGUGAGUUGUAUGACAGUGGCAUCUCUUCCAAGCCUAAUGGGGUUAUGCAGACAAAACUGGAGGAUUGUAUAGUAAAAAGCUAUUUAAAUUCAUUUUGAUCUCUGGAGCAUAUCUUUGCGAUGUUCCUGCCACUGAAUUUUCAAGAGCAUGAAUUUUUGAGGUAUGAAUACCUCUGCCAGAGUUUCAAAAGAUCUUACUUCCUAUCAAAGCACUAGUGUAAGCAGUAGGAUUUUUUCAAAAGAGCACUAACAACCAAAAUCUUUAGAAAAUCUAAUGUUGAUACCACCAAGUGUCACCACUCAAAGCUUUUUUCCAUCCAGCCCAGUUAUGAGUACUGAGCAUUUGAACACUAAGCUCUUAAGUGCCCUUGUUGAGGCUUCCACUGUUCUUGCUUGAUUAAACAGUGCCAAUUCUUUGGUGUUAGAUACUGCCACUGUACGAACUUCAUGUAUGUGAACUGUAUGCUCUUCAUGCACAGGGGUAAAGCAGUAAUUUGGACAGACUGCUGUUGGAGGUGAGGGAAAGGAACUGAGAGUUUUGUCAGUUUUAGAGUAGCAGAACUGGUUUAGAUGGUUUAGAUACAAGAUAGGCCUGUAGUGGGGGGCGAUUUAUUUUUAUUUGUUUUUUAACCUUGGGGAAGAAUCUCUUUAAAUAGUUUCAGUUUAACACUCCUUUUGAUAAUGAUAUAAUUGUCGUCUUUGGUUUAUUUGAAAGCUUUGUAGUACUCAAACACUCCAUGCAGGAAAUGUGCCUUCAAGGUAAACAUACAUUUACUCCCUGAAGCUUAUUCCUACUUUGAACCUUCCUUCUAUAUCUCAUUACAAUUUUGAUUCACUUUGUACUGUGGGAAGACUUGAGGUAUUGCAGGGAAUUUUGCCUAGAAAAAUAAACUGAAAUGGUCUUUGAUCACAAGGGGUAAAGAUGAACAUCAUCUCCAGGCAGCUGAGCUUAUUUUAGUGAAUUCUUCUUACAUUUAUUAACUAUGGAUACUCUGCUAGCAAAGGAAAAUGGGUAAAUUUGAGAUAUUACAAGUUACAGAAAUAAUUGUAACUGACUGAUGAUAUUUUUAUCCUUUAAAGUAUUUUAUUUAGACUCAACUUUAGUCAUCCUAUGAAGGAGACAGAUUUUAGGUUCUUCACUGUAGCAGUAUCAUAAGAAACAUCACAGAAAUAGUUUACCUUUUCUGGUGGGUUGCUGGCUGACAUAUUGGCACAACUUCCAAGACCUGUUGGUCUCCCUGUCCAAAUGACUUAGUAGCUGCUAAAACUCACUCUUGGUAAUUUGACUCCCAGGACUGAGAACAAUUUCAUGCAUAAGAGCUUGAAAGCAAUAAGAAAAGACGUACAAAGUUCAGCCUGGAGGUAAUUAUUCUGUCUGUUGCUUGCAUGAAACUCUCAGUAAUUUCCUUGGCUCUUGAACGUGCACAAAAUAAUCAAGGCCCUGAUAGGUGCCCUCUGUUCCAGAGGUUGAAAAUUUCCUGUCUGUGACUCUUAGCAGCCCUUUAUAUAGCUGUUCUCAUCUCCAGAACUGGUCUGUGCAGAACACAGAUCACUUACAGAAGUACUUACCCCCUUCUGCCAAGAGGUUAAACCUACUUAAUGUGUUGUCUGAGAUACAACAGUUACAUAUAAUGCAAUUCUGAGAUCACAGAAUUUUCUGUGAUAACAGGUGUUGUUCCUAGCCUUCUUGUUUUGUUCAGCCACCCACCCAUCUAUCCAUCCACCCAUCCGUCCUACCCUUCCUUCCUCUCUCUCUCCCUCUACUUGCAAUUCAUUCUUUGCACUAUUGACAUUGAUUGGUUUGGUUAUUUUGUAACAUGUUCCUACCUUUUUUUUUUUUUUUUUUUUUGUAAAAUAAGAAAGUCUAUACACUGGCUGACUUUGUAGAAUUGGUCUGUUUGUUUUUUUUUUUUUCUUUUUAUUUUAUGAGUUGAAAUGGGAUGUAAUGUUUUGUUUGAACUAUGGGAAAACUUAAAUAAAUGUUAAGAUGAAAUAGCA